GAAGGACAGGAAGCCAGGAAGAUCGGCAGCCUACGGAGAGGCUGAGGGAGGGCGAACACAGCACUAGAGAGAGCGCUGGAUGACCGAGAUAGAAAGGAGAGACUCGCGGAGAGAGGAUGGACAGGCAGGGGGAAGAACGGGAGCCCGCAAGACGGUCAAGGGGAACAGGCAGCGGGGAGAGAAGGAACAGCUCAGACGGAUAUGGGGAAGGAUGGAAAGGCGGAGUAGUCAUCGGAGAAAAAGGAGACAGGCAGCAGGAAGAGGGGGAAACUCCCCAAGGAAAUCGGGAACAGGAAAGAUAGAAAGGGGAACGGGUAGCUGGGAAAGGGGGAACAGGCAGCGGGGAGAAGGGGAAGAGACAGGACCGAGAGGCUGGAGAAACAGAGGAAAGCGGGCGGCCAGCCCCAACCCGGACGUGUCCCGGGCAGUGGAGCUCCUGGAGCGGCUCCAGCGCAGCGGGGAGCUGCCACCCCAGAAGCUUCAGGCCCUCCAGCGAGUCCUGCAGAGUCGUUUCUGCUCAGCCAUCCGAGAGUUCCCACUUCCUCAGGUGUAUGAACAGCUGUAUGACACUCUGGAUAUCACAGGCAGUGCAGAGAUCCGGGCUCAUGCCACAGCCAAGGCCACAGUAGCAGCCUUUGCUGCCAGCGAAGGCCAUGCCCACCCAAGAGUGGUGGAACUGCCCAGGACAGAUGAAGGCCUGGGCUUCAACAUCAUGGGAGGGAAAGAGCAGAACUCUCCCAUCUACAUCUCUCGAGUCAUUCCUGGUGGUGUGGCUGAUCGACAUGGUGGCCUCAAGAGAGGGGACCAGCUACUCUCUGUCAAUGGAGUGAGUGUGGAAGGGGAGCAGCAUGAGAAGGCAGUGGAACUGCUCAAGGCUGCUCAAGGCACUGUGAAGCUUGUUGUCCGGUACACACCUCGAGUGCUGGAGGAGAUGGAAGCCCGCUUCGAGAAGAUGCGCUCAGCUCGGCGGCGUCAGCAGCACCAGAGCUACUCGUCCCUGGAGUCCCGAGGCUGAGCUCUCCUGGCUUGGCUCCUGCUCUUCAACCCUUGACUAUGAGCCGUCUCUCCCCCUUACCUCACUCUGGUCCCUCUGUACAGUAUUUAUUUGCCCAGUCCUUCCUUAGACCCUAUUUAAAGCUCUCCUUUCCCCUGC